AGAGCUUCAAAAGCAGCUAGGUUUAGAGGGAAGUUAUGAGCAUUACGUUCAUACAUAACUUCCAUACCGAGGUUAGCACGGUUAAUAAUAUUUGUCCAGUAUUGACACCUAAAGCAGUGAACCAGAUACCCGCUAUAGGCCAAGUAGCUAAGAAGUGUAAAGAACAAGAAUUGUUGAAACUAGUAGAUUGGAAGAUUAAUUAGCCAAAAUAACCAUGAGUUUCUACGAUAUUAAUUAUAAGUUUCUCCCUCUUGACAAAAUCUGUAACCAACCCCCGAAAGCGAAAUAGGCACAAGGGGAGAGCAAUAGAUUGGACUAACCUACAAAAAUGAAAUGGUUCUACGUAGCUAGUCAUCCAUAAUAUCAAAUAAAUCAUUUUUUUCUUGGGUAAAUUUACCAAGGGUUAUAGUCAUAGCAAUCCUCCUAUUCAACUACUUCAACCAUUUCUGAGCACGUUUUGUUAUGGUUGUGGCAUUUUCAGGACAUUCAAAGAUUUUUUUUUUUAUGUAGAAUUUGAUUUUUCGUGUGCUAACCCUUUAUAAUAAAAUUAGUUUUGAAAA